GUAAUGUGAUAGUGUGAUAGGCACUCGACGGUUUUGUAUGAUUUAGUACCUGAUAAAAUAGUGCUAUUUUUUAUAAUAUAAUUGCGAUUAAUAACCAAACGUUAUCAAGUCUCAGCAAGCAAUAAUUAUGGAUUAAUAUCUACUUGUAUAUUCAAAGAAUUUGUUACAAUACAUUUCAUAUUCUUGGCGUUAUUUUGACGCGUGUAUGUGACAGGUCUUAUCAUCUAUACAAGAAAAAUGGGGAUCGUACAAUCCGUAUUUUGUGCUAUGACAUUUUGUUUCGAAAGAAUAUUGACAUGGAUUUGCUGCGCUUUUGUGCUAAUAGUGCUGAUAUUCGGAAUUCUCAUGCUGAUGGUGUACGGCAUCUCAGUAGGCUAUCACUACGCACAGAAAGAACUAACAGAUUUUGCAUACUACGCAAGAGCCGAACCGUGGGAGCAAUACAGCCUGCGAUCCGGACAGAAUCAAAACGAAGAAGGAGCCGGACCCAUGAGCCUACCUGUUGAAGACAGUGGUCAGUCAAUCGACUCACGUCCAGUACUUGCAGCUUACCAGACCGAAAAGCCUGAACAGCAGGCUUACAGGCGACCACCAGAAACGCCAAUCGUCCUUCUAGCAACUGAAAGGUCUAGGAAAGAUCAUGAGCCAGGAUCUCAUGAACGUGAAUUGGCGCGCAAACUCAUUGGUCGUUUCCGUCGCUCCAACAAUAAUAUAACGAGUCAGUCAUCACCUUUUCCUAAGGAGUAUUCAGACAGCACCUUACCACGUGACAAAAGAAUGGCAUUUAUAUGAAAUACCCGAACCUUCCAUUGUAAAGUAAUUUGCAUUGGGAUAUGAGGAUACUUAACUAAGAUACGAGUACCUACGAAAAUGCCUGCAUAGUAUAGGUACAUAAUCUUAGGCAGUUAUCCACAUAACUACAUAAGUAAUAAGUACCCAUUCCUAAAGUUAAGGUACAUAAACUGAACAGUAGCCUUCUAUUACACACCUACUAAUAUUGUUUUUUAUUUUUUGUGUAGUUAUUUUCUAUAGUAAUAUAUUUUUAUUUUAUAAUGUUGUACAUAUUAGUAAAUUGUAUAAUGUACACUUUUAUUUUAUAAUGCUGUAUUAAUAAAUUGUUAAAGAAUAUUUUAAUUUUAUAAUGUUCUAUUAAUAUUAACCCGGGUCAAACCCGAGAAGGAGAGACCUCUCCUUUUUGGGUUUUACCCGGUAAAAAUGGGCACCUCGUCUCGCAACCCGCAGGAAAAACGGUGCUCAUAAAUUGUAAAUUGUACACUUUUAUUUUAUAAUACUGUAUUAAUCGAUUGUUAAAGAAUAUUUUAUUUUAUAAUGUUCUAUUAAUAUUAACCCGGGUCAAACCCGAGAAGGAGAGACCUCUCCUUUUUGGGUUUUACCCGGUAAAAAUGGGCACCUCGUCUCGCGACCCGCAGGAAAAACGGUGCUCAUAAAUUGUAAAUUGUACACUUUUAUUUUAUAAUACUGUAUUAAUAAAUUGUUAGAGAAUGUUUUAUUUUGUAAUGUUCUAUAAAUAAAAUUGUAAAUGUAAAAUUUUAUUUUAUAAUGCUAAAUAAUUUGUUAAAGAAUAUUUAUUUUAUAAUGUAAUAUUAAUAUAACGUUGAGGAGGUCUCUCCUUCUCGGGUUUGACCCGGUAGUAUUAAUAAAUUGUAUAAUGUACA